AUGGGUAAUACAUUAGUGGGGCGCAUUGCUCUUUCGCAUCUCGCGCAAUUGUCACGCUCCUCACUGUCGGCCCCUCGCUCUCCGCCGCGCUUCCUCUCUCCCGUCGCGCCAUCCUCUCUCCGUCGCGCUUCCUCCUUCCGUCGCGCCGUCGCCCUUCCUCUCUCCCUUCGCCCUUCCUCUCUCCCGUCGCGCUUCCUCCCUCCGUCGCGCUUCCUCCUUCCGUCGCGCUUCCUCUAUCCCGUCGCCUUCCUCUCGGCCUUCGCCCUUCCUCUCUCCCGUCGCGCCUUUCUCUCUCCGUCGCGCUUCCUCUCUCCGUCGUGCUUCCUCUCUCUGUCGCGCCUUACUCUCUCCGUCGCGCUUCCUCCCUCCGUCGCGCUUCCUCUCUCCCAUCGCCUUCCUCUCUCCCUUCGCCCUUCCUCUCCCGUCGCCCUUCCUCUCUCCCGUCGCCCUUCCUCUCUCCCGUCGUUUUCCUCUCUCAUGUUGCCCUUCGCCUCUCCCGUCGCCCUUCCUCUCUCGUUGCCCUUCCUCUCUCCCAUUGCCCUUCCUCACUCCCGUCUCCCUUCUUCUUCCGCCUCCCGCCGCCCUCGCGUCCCAUCGCAAUCGCCUUUCCAACGCACUCCCGCCGCCCUCGCGUCCCAUCGCAAUCGCCUCCCGUCACCCUCCGUGUCGGCCUCCCGUUGCUCGUACUGCCGCUCGUCCUUGUUCCCGUUCCCUCGCUCUCUCUCCCUCCCUUCCCGUCGCCCUCGCUCUCUCCCCUCCCUUCCCGUCGCCCUCGCUCUCUCCCCCCAUUUUCCGUCGCCCUCGCUCUCUCCCCUCCUUUUCCGUGGCCCUUAUUCUCUUCCAUCCCUUUCCGUCGCCCUUGCUCUCCCCUCCCUUUCCGUCGACCUUGCUCUCUCCUCUCCCUUUCCGUCGCCCUUGCCCUCUCCCCUCCCUUUCCGUUGCCCUCGCUCCAGCUCAUCUCACCUUCCCCAAUGCUCCUCCCAUCACCCUACCAUUCCGCGGAUUUUUCACACGCACAUCUGUUGCACUAUCUGUUCUCUCGUCCUCUGA